AUUCUUAUCCUGUCUUUUUAUUCUCCAUUCCCUGUAGAAUGGAUAACCCCCCCACACACACUCGUCUAAGAGCUUCCUCCAGGACACGUGCGAGCUCGUCGUCCCUCUGACUCAGACAGGAACAUGCUCUUCUCUUCUGUGCAGCUGCUGCUCUUCACAUCACCUUCCUCACAAGUGGUUGUGGACUUGCUACUUUUUUCUCCAGUAAUGACAGUGUGCUCCCAUUGGGUUUCUUCACAUCAGGUUUGGUAGAGGACAUCAUGACACCAUGAGUCACAGUACACAGUGUGAUCAGCCUCCCAACUGCAUUAUUUCCCAGUGUGUCAUGCAAUUUCUUUUAAAGACUUGCAAUAAUAAGUAGAACAUAAAAUGGCUGGUAAUGUGAUAUCGAGUGAUGCCAGAGAUACAACAUAAUUGUGCUUUUCCUUCUGUCAUUAUCAUCUGACUCAGAGUUCACUGUGUUCCGUCACGUAAAGUCCUGUGUGCUAAUGCCUUUUCUAAAGAAUCAAGAUAACAGCCAAUCAACUUCAUGACCUAGAUCUGAAAGUCUUACCAUUAACGAUUUUUGACUUUGAGCAACAUGCAAUGAGUGGUGGUGCAAGUAGCAAUUUGUGUCACUGAAUGUUUUUUACACAUUCAAUUUUAAAUAAGGGUGAAGGAGAGGCUGGAGAAGUUUAUCUCACAAUCCGAACUUUCUUUAACAACACUCUUUAUAUCUUUUUAUUUUAUCCAUCAUUCUGUAGAAUCCAAACAUCCCCUCCAUACAGUUAAGGUUACAUUUAUGUCUGAUAUGGGUUUUCCCCACAAAUGAAGUUUAAUUACCUCAUUAGAAGUUAAUUAAAAAACGAUAUCUACACCUCCCUUUAUGAUUAAUGCGGGAUGUGAAAACAGACUUCUGGUGUCAAACUGCAGAAACAUAAUUUUGCACAUUAAGCAGUAGAGAACAAAAGAGUAAAGCAGCCAAUGAAACAUGCAUUUUAGUGGAUUAAAGCCUCAGCAACAGCUGCAUAAUUUAACACGGGACAUAUUCAUUGCAGUUGCAGGACUAUUGUAUUGCAGUGCAUCGCAGAGGUAGAGUGUACUUUUUGUAAUUCACUGUGUGUCUGUAUUUGAGAAUUGGGCCAGGAUAGUGUAAACAUCUGUCUGCCUGUUGAGAGCCGUGACAGAUGGAAAAGGGGAGCGUAUGGCUCAAACACUACCAUCUUUGACCGUACCAACAGUUGUCUUCCCAAAAUAGCCGACACUCCACGGCCUUAUAUGUGCAGGCCUCCAGCAUGUGUCUGAGAAGGCAUCAUGUAUCUAGGCCACACAAUACACGCUGCAGGCUCAUUGUUGCUGCCUACCAGCAGGCCUAUCACUCCCUCAGGCCUCUCUGUCUGUCUUGGAACUGCUCACAAUGCACCUCACCCAGCUCAACCACGAGUGCCUCCUCCACCUCUUUUCCUUUCUGGACAAGGAUAGCCGCAAGAGUUUGUCCCUCACCUGUCAUGGGCUGCACGAGAUCUUCCUGGACCCCUGUCUCUGGGAUCUACUACACUUCAGCUCCCCAUGUCAGCUGAGGAGAGACAACUUUGUGCUGGGACCCUCACUGCGUUACUUGACUAUUUGCUGGUAUUCCAGCAGAGUCCUGCAAGUGUGCAACAUCGAGGACUGGCUGAAGACCUCAUUUCAGAAGGACAUCUGUAGUAAACAUGAGCGCCUGGUCAGCACUUUCCUGGGCCAAGUCUGCCACACGUGUCCCACCCUGCUCGAGUUAACCCUGUCCGGCUGUGGACACAUCACUGACCAGGAUGUGAUCUCUGUGCUGCAGAGCUGCAGGAGGCUACGCUUUCUGCACCUGGAGAACUGUGUCCGCAUCACCGACCGCAGCCUGGAAGGUGUGGCGGCUCAUGGAGACAGUCUGGAGGAGGUGAAAGUGGACUUUUGCAGGAACAUCACCAAGGCAGGGCUGCAGGCUGUCAGGGAGAAGAGGCCGGGCCUCCAGCUGAGCGCAGAGAGAAGUGCUGAGCUCAUCCCUGACAGCAAGCCUGAGAAGAAGGUGCCACUUAGGAGGACGCUGCAGAAAGUCCUGCAGUUCUCCUGAGCAAAGAGCUGCACGGCAAGAAAAAGCACGUGGACAUCAUUUUAAUUUGUCUGUAAUUGUAUUUGUUUCUUUAAUGUACAUUUCUGUUGUGUUUGAGUUUUCUUUUGCUAUCUUCUAUCCUUUUUAUACCACAUAUUUUCUCAUUGAAUAUGAAUAUUUUGAAGCUUUAUUCCAUGUUGCUCUAACAAAAGAGUUUAAUCCAAAAAAAAAUGGUCUUAUCAAACCUUAACCUUAUAUAUUUAUUUAUUAAUCAACAUAGCAUUUUGGUUGUAUUAUUUUUAUUUUUAUUUUUAUUUAUGAUUAUAUGAUUUGAUUUGUCAUGUGCAACUACACCACUAACAGAAAUGGCACAUCCUGUUUGUUUCAUCCAUAAAAACAUUACAAAUAGUGCUCUGUUUUAUAAAAGGGGUUAUGUGCUGGACUAUUUAUUGGCCAGUGCAGUUGCCUGGCAACCAGGAAGAAAUUGUCUCCCUGUAAAUGACAAAUCAUAUGUGUUUUCCACAUAGUUUGUGUGUGUGUGUGUGUGUGUGUGUGCGUGUGUGUGUGUGUGUGCGCGCGUGUGUAUGAAAACAAAAGAAGUGAAUUGUGUUCAUUUCUUAACUUUGGAAGCGUCAGCCUGCUCCAGGUUCUUAUUGACUGGUGGUGACAGGCUGGUGUCAAUCAUCUCACCUCAUGCUAUUAAAAGCUUUGAUAAUUUGAUGAAAUAAUCACUGGUCUCGAGACAGUGUUUACACACCUCCACAGGACAAAGGAACAAAAGUAAUGCGGUUGCACUCUUUUCUCUUGUGGUAAGACGUGUUGGUACAAGGACGAGCUGUUAUUGGAAUCAUAUCAUGUAAGACUGUGAGACAUGUGAAAAUAGGUUGAUUCAGGGAGAGUAUAUCUAAAUGCCAUGUGACUAUUCCACUGCAGGCUUCUGCUACAGAGUGCUCCACAUCCUGUUAUGUUUAAAGGCUGACCAUAUGUUCUCACAAAAGGUCAACGUGUGCUUUUAUGUUAUUUUCUGUCCUGGCAUUUUUUUUCUAGUAGCAAAAUCAAUUUAACCUUUUUAUCCUUUUUUUAUGACGGACAUUAAAGUUCUUCUCCGGAUCUCCUUCAUCAGAAACCCACAGAAACUCUUGAUGAUGAUUAUGACUCCAUGUAGAAAUCUGCUAUAAACAGUUCCACAUUGAUGUUCAUAUUACUGCAGAUUUAUGUCACCCAUGAUUGUAACUUGUGUGUAGACACUUUUUGUGACAACCUUAUUUUGUAAAAUAUUUAAUAAUAAAUAUUAAAAAAAAAACUAAAUAUAUGGAUUUGAAGAUUUGAAAACAUACUUUUUGGUAGUAUCUAACAUAUUAAGCCAUUGUAUCUUCCCGCAGGGUGGAUGACAUGCACUGCAUCUGACACAUAUUUCCCAAACCAAGAAUAACUCUGGCUCUUUUCAAUAGUUUCAACGUUUAACAGCCAGAAAACAUGUUUAUUGUUCCAACACCGGUGUGAGGUUGUAAAAGCACUCUGUGUUCCAGGUGUGAAGAUUCCUGUCGACAAACCUCAAAGACAAUUAAUUACAGACCAGAGACAUGUAACAAAGCAACAUUGUCAAAGCGUCACAGCCCUGCUUGUUUCUACGAGGCACAGUUUUUCAACAUGUUUUCCUGUGAUCUUCAAGAUGGCAGUCAGAUGCGCGGCCAUCAUGGUGUUUUGCUGUGCAAGCCACUGUGAGGCAGCUGCCGUCUCUGUCACCACACCAACACUGAUGUCUCAUGUCGCACUGUAUAGCCCCCCUUUCCACCUAUGGUCCAAGUCUACAGUUUAGGUUGGUUGACUCGUGCAAAAUAUCCAAUUAUAAAAAUUGGUGAAUGGAAUUUUCCCAGCACGACCUGAAUCAAAUUCAAGGAAAAGUAAACAACAGUCAAAUGUGAACGUCCGUGUAGAGCUGAGCAAACAUUUUCUACGUGUCGAUAUUAAAACGACACAUUAUAUAGAGUUUCGGAUAUUCACGUCUCAAACGUUUAUUUUGAUGCCAACAGAAUCUCGAGCAUUCACGUCAUGCGCUGACCUUAUUUCCUGCACCGAGACA